GCAAGAUGGCGGCGCUGGCAGAGGAGCAGACGGAGGUGGCGGUCAAGUUAGAGCCUGAGGGACCGCCGACGCUGCUACCUCCGCAGGCGGGGGACGGCGCUGGCGAGGGUGGCGGCGGCACAACCAACAGCGGCCCCAACGGCGGCGGCGGGAACGUUGCGGCGGCGUCGUCGGCCGGCGGGGAUGGUGGGACCCCCAAACCCUCGGUGGCUGUCUCCGCCGUUGCACCGGCGGGGGCGGCCCUGGUGCCCGCCGCUGCUCCGGAGGCCAGCGCUCCUCACGACCGACAGACUCUGCUCGCCGUGCUGCAGUUUCUGCGGCAGAGCAACCUCCGCGAGGCCGAAGAAGCGCUGCGCCGUGAGGCCCGGCUGCUGGAGGAGGCAGUGGCGGGCUCCGGAGCCCCGGGAGAGGCGGACAGCGCCGGCGCUGAGACGGCUAGCGCGAUUCUUAGCCGGGUCACUGCCUCGGCGCCCGGCCCUUCGGCCCCGGAUCCUCCGGUCAGCUGCGCUUCGGGGUCCGCCGCCGUCUCGGGCUUAGCGACAGGUUCUGUGGCUCCGGGUAAAGUUGGAAGUGUAGCUGUGGAAGACCAGCCGGAUGUCAGUGCUGUGCUGUCAGCCUACAGCCAACAGGGAGACCCCACGAUGUAUGAAGAAUACUAUAGCGGACUGAAACACUUCAUUGAAUGUUCCUUGGACUGCCAUCGGGCAGAACUGUCCCAACUCUUUUACCCCCUAUUUGUACACAUGUAUUUGGAACUAGUCUACAAUCAACAUGAGAAUGAAGCAAAAUCAUUCUUUGAGAAGUUCCAUGGAGAUCAGGAAUGUUAUUACCAGGAUGACCUACGAGUAUUAUCUAGUCUUACCAAAAAGGAACACAUGAAAGGGAAUGAGACCAUGUUGGAUUUUCGAACAAGUAAAUUUGUUCUGCGUAUUUCCCGAGACUCGUACCAACUCUUGAAGAGGCAUCUUCAGGAGAAACAGAACAAUCAGAUAUGGAACAUAGUUCAGGAGCACCUCUACAUUGACAUCUUUGAUGGGAUGCCGCGUAGUAAGCAACAGAUAGAUGCGAUGGUGGGAAGUUUGGCAGGAGAGGCUAAACGAGAGGCAAACAAAUCAAAGGUAUUUUUUGGCUUAUUAAAAGAGCCAGAAAUUGAGGUGCCUUUGGAUGAUGAGGAUGAAGAAGGAGAAAAUGAAGAAGGAAAACCUAAAAAAAAGAAGCCUAAAAAAGAUAGUAUUGGAUCCAAAAGUAAAAAACAAGAUCCCAAUGCUCCACCUCAAAACAGAAUCCCUCUUCCUGAGUUGAAAGAUUCAGAUAAAUUGGAUAAGAUAAUGAAUAUGAAAGAAACCACAAAACGAGUACGCCUGGGGCCAGAUUGUUUACCUUCCAUUUGUUUCUAUACAUUCCUCAAUGCUUACCAGGGCCUCACUGCAGUGGAUGUCACUGAUGAUUCUAGUUUGAUUGCUGGAGGUUUUGCAGAUUCAACUGUCAGAGUGUGGUCUGUGACACCUAAAAAGCUUCGUAGUGUCAAACAAGCCGCAGAUCUUAGCCUCAUAGAUAAAGAAUCUGAUGAUGUCUUAGAAAGAAUCAUGGAUGAGAAAACAGCAAGUGAGUUGAAGAUCUUGUAUGGUCACAGUGGUCCUGUGUAUGGAGCCAGCUUCAGUCCAGAUAGGAACUACCUGCUUUCCUCUUCAGAGGAUGGAACUGUUAGAUUGUGGAGUCUUCAAACAUUUACUUGCUUGGUGGGAUAUAAAGGACACAACUAUCCAGUGUGGGACACACAGUUUUCUCCAUAUGGAUAUUAUUUUGUAUCAGGGGGCCAUGACAGAGUAGCUCGGCUCUGGGCUACAGAUCACUAUCAGCCUUUACGGAUAUUUGCUGGCCAUCUUGCUGAUGUGAAUUGUACCAGAUUCCAUCCAAAUUCUAAUUAUGUUGCUACGGGCUCUGCAGACAGAACUGUGCGGCUCUGGGAUGUCCUGAAUGGGAACUGUGUAAGGAUCUUCACUGGACACAAGGGACCAAUUCAUUCCUUGACAUUUUCUCCCAAUGGGAGAUUCCUGGCUACAGGAGCAACAGAUGGCAGAGUACUCCUUUGGGAUAUUGGACAUGGCUUGAUGGUUGGAGAAUUAAAAGGACACACUGAUACAGUCUGUUCACUUAGAUUUAGUAGAGAUGGUGAAAUUUUGGCAUCAGGUUCAAUGGAUAAUACAGUACGGUUAUGGGAUGCUGUCAAAGCAUUUGAAGAUGUAGAGACUGAUGACUUUACUACAGCCACAGGGCAUAUAAAUUUACCCGAGAAUUCACAGGAGUUAUUGUUGGGAACAUAUAUGACCAAAUCAACACCAGUUGUACACCUCCAUUUUACUCGAAGAAACUUGGUUCUAGCUGCAGGAGCUUACAGUCCUCAAUAAACCAUCGGUAUUAAAAGACCUUUGGAAACUACUGUUUGAAAAAGGGAGACUAAAAGCAAAUACCUCAGUGAUUAAUAUUUAAGCUACAAAGAAUGUUUUGUCUAUAUGGAUCUGGAAGUAUGCUGCUUAGAAAAUCUGUACAGGACAGUUCCACGUUUCUAUAGCAACCACAUUUAACUAAUUUCCGUUAGUUGAAUAAGCGGUAUUAUGUUUGUGGAGGGGACAUUCAUGGUGCUUUGGAUUGUGUGGAAACUAUGCAUUUUCUGUUCAAAUGCUAUUUUAAUUUAUUAUGUUUAAAAAAUCAAUUGAUUUCAAUAAUUCAUCCUGCUUCAAGAUUCAAAUUGAGUAAUAUAAUACCAUAUUGAAUUUUAGCUGAAGAAUUCCAUGAGCAUGUAUGUUUCUGCUGUAAAAAUGUAGUUACUGUAUGGCACUCAAGUACUAUGUUAUAUGAUCCACUAACAUUUUUGCUUGGCUCAUGAUUAGUGGAAUGUAUGUUAACUGGCUAAGAUGAACUACAAUUCCUUUCUGAGAAAUAGAUGAAGUACAACCAUCCACUGACAUCUGAAUCUAUACCUGUUGGAUUGAGUGCACCGAAACACUCUAUAAACCAGGUGAAAUUAACUUCCAUGUUCUACUUCAGCUAAAAUGGCUACAUACAACCUAGUACACUUGAAGUCAGACAUUUCAGUUGCUUACCUCCAGUACUGAGCCUUGCUUUGGAAAACUAAAAGAUUUAGACCAAGUUACUGCCAGUUUUUUGCCUUUGUUGCAUUUUGUACAGUUUUUAUAUUUUUGAUAUCUUGUAAAUAAAGACAACCAGCUUUU